AUGGAGGCUUGGGCCCAGAGGCUUCUAAGGGCGGAACCUAUAUCCGUCGACUCGCUCAAACCUGAUGGUGUCGUUGAUCGUGUCCUCCAGGUCAGUCGAGGAUGGAUCGCCAAGGAGUCUGCCGGUGUACGGGAUGUCAUACCCUUUAUAAAGUGGUAUAAUACCGCUUUGCCUGUAUCCACCACUGGCGGAUACAGGCACGCCAUGAAAUACUUUUUGACCGUUGCCUCCGGCUAGGUAAUUUGGCCUCCUAGCGGUCAUUGUGAAAACCGAAGUCGUAAACGGUUCCACAAUGACCUGUACAGAAUGUUGUUUGGUAAACCGGCGUUAAGCGCCUGUGGCGGCCAGCCAUCAUGACCGGUCUGGUGUCAUUGUUUAAGACCUCACUACGCCAAGGUCAUUCACCCUUUUGCUGUGAGUCAUUCCAAACGAUUUGACCUGAAGUCACGCGACCGAAAGCUCGGGCACACCUGCGGCCGCACAGCCGCAGCUGCCUUUGCGGCCACUUGAACGCACCCCCCCCCUUCAAUCACAACAUAAGCCACUUGGACACCACCCCUCGGCAAAUGCAACACACGCUGACUGGCCACCACUUGAGCUUGGCCGACGAGUCUAUAAAAGCUGCUGCCACCACUAUCUCAGUGACUCUCAGGCAUGACUCGACACAGUCAACACCAGCCCUGGCUUCGCCAGUGGCCACUACCGCCUGAGGGGACAACUCUGCGUUCUGUGCACAAUAAAUCCCUCAUUCUGGCGCCUUCCGUCUUCUCCCUCCAAUCUGUAAUUCGACGUGGUGGUUGUAGCGUUCUGAGCACAGACAUAUUUACCCUCACUGCUUAGUCGCGAAAGGCCUACUACAAGUACCUCCUGGAACACUGUUUCAGUAGAGUUCUACUCCUCUCCGCUUCUGGGACUUCUUCCAAAUAAAAGUCCAAUAGACGGAUCCACCCGACGAAGUUUUCCGUGCCAUCAUAUAACCGAACAGGUUGUGGAAUAGCAUUGCUGAUCGAUGACGCCUGCACUUUAGAUCUCGUCAGUUCGCGUGUGGUCGCUACUACCCAAACCUCUGGGGUUGCCCGUUCCUUUCCCCUAUACUUCCAUAGGCACUCAGGUUUGAUCCUGAGCAUGCAGUUCCUCAGCUUUUUCUUAUUUCACCGUCAUGCUCAUGUGCCCAUUACAAUCAAGCCACACAAGCAGUGUAAAUUGACGAAAUUGUCUCUAUCACCGUGUUUUUUAUAGAAUCCAAAAAGGAAGGUGCACGUCAAACAUGACAAACGGGGUUAGAAUAAUGGAGGAUUCUGCUCCCUUCUGCUCGACGAGGCUUGGGUGACGUUAUGUUUUAAGGUCUACUCACGGUUGGGCUAGGCGCAAUCACGAAAACGAAGCCAGAGUCCGUUUGGGCACCUUACAGCAUCUCUCCAAGAUGCCAAAAGCUGUCUUCCGGCAAGCUUGGGUGCCAGUAAUUCUACAAAGUUGUAAGACCUACUUACUGAAUUUAGGGAUGUUUUCGAUUAGGCGGCAGCUCGACAUGAUGAACAAGUGUCGCUGAACUUUGUAUUUCACGGGGGACGCCGAACCUAUUAAGAUCCCUCCCACACACCUUUCAGUAUUCUGUCAGAUGGAAUUCGACACGGCGCAGACCUCCGAUCUGGGUAUAGGGUUUCUCACUCUCUGGUUAUCUACCGCCUCGGUUUCCCCAUUUUCCUUUGAUAGUGUAGUUUUCUUUCAUUGCACAUGCAAUUUCGUUGUUUUUUUGUACAAAUGUCCAUUUUUAGUUCACAAUUAUCGCGAUUGUGCUAAGCAUUCACAGGUCGUCUUCCGUUGUUCAGGCUGUUUCGUUAAUUUCCGUCAUUCGCGGGCGAUGUGUCCGGACUGCAUGGUCAUCAGUUGGGUUCGUCACAAUCGGAUGACAACCGUGCUUGCCUGUGAUGGAGAACAUCUUUGUUAAGCUCGGAAAAAACUGCAAGAACACUUUAAACGGCUCCCAACCCACCUCAGUCUGACGACUUUGAUCGUUGGGCGUCUCAUAUGGACGACUAUCUGGACACUAUUGAGAUACUCACAGACAUGGUCCGGCAAUCGCCGCCCCACGAGAGGGCAAAGUCUACCAUCUGGCUCUUGCAACCGGGAAUUCUGCAUUUUAAACAGGCAUUCUGCCUUCUCGGACGUCGGGCGUCUCCCCUCCUGUAGGGCGAUUUGUCCGGCCCUGAUGUUCGCAAGGUGUUCCUCUGUCACCAGCUCGUUAGCUUGGGUGAGGUGAUAGCCUAAGCCCCAUCCGGCUGAUUACAGAUGUCAUCCGAACUUCCAGCCUGUCAGUGUCGAUCGCGGGGAGGACAGCAGUAAGCACUGGAUUCAUCCUGAGUGGUAUUUCAUGCACUAGACUUGUCACUUACCCAUUUUUCGAGGAACUCGUAGGCAUCGUUUCUUUCUCUCGUUUGGUCGACGUUGGUGCAUUUUACUUUUCUAGUUAGACAACCAGUUUUCAGUGUCUUCCAGUUUUAGGUUAACAUGAAUGACUGAGUUAUUCUGAAGAUUGCCGCGGUGUUCAGGUCUUAGUUACAAGUCCGCAGUAUUGGCCAUGGAGAUCACAAGUUGUGAUUUGGACUGCAGUCUAGUCUCAUCGGCGUCAAUAUUGGUUGCUCGCAGUAAAUGCAUGCGCGUUCGAAUCGUGUGUCAUACCUUUUCAAGUUUCCUGCUAGCGAGAUUGGUUACGGAAGGUAAAUGCCAGAAGUUGAAGUCAGACAUGUCUGGAGACAGACCCCAGUAUACUACUAGCACCAGAACGGGCCCUUGUGCUAGUUGCAAACGCGCCUAGACUGACAAGGAGCGCUUCUGCCAGCGUAACUGCGUUUUCUCCUAGACAAGCGUCGUUAUUCAUUUUUACCCUUCUGCCUCACAUUCGGUCAUUUCGUUGGAUACGUGACGACAUCCAAGGACUGGGACGCAAGGGCUUCUGAGAAAUCACUACGCCCAACAGUAUGUACUAUGUUGUGCUUAUUGAUUACUAUAAUGAUAAUGAUAAUUGUAGUUCUCCGCCUCAACACCUCACUUUAUCGCUCUACCUCUGUAGUCAGCUGUCUCAGGCACGUUGUACGCAUUCCUACUCUUCAUCUUCUUCAACAAGCGAAGUAAGGGCGGAGGAGAAUUGGAUAGGUGGGCGGGAGAAAUGAAUGUACUCUUGACCACAGUAAGAUAAAGCCAUCUGCUCGACUGGCCUAGUUAUAACUUCCCUCCCCCCAAAGCUUCCUCUUAAAACUUUGCCAGACAUGCCCCCCAAGGUCGGUUAGUGAUGCCUUUGGCUGUUUAUCUCCAUCCUUACCUUCCAUUUGAAUUCUCACCCCAGCCCAUUGUUGUUAGGUAGGGCGUCGUUGAUGAGAACUUGCACCUCGUGUCCUCAAGGACUUGCCAGUUUUAAUUUACAAUAUUUGCCUACUUCCCAUUUUGCAAGUAACCAUACUUUCUGCGCGCAAGCGGCUACCUUGAGGUUACAACAUCGCCGUCACCAGCGCCAGCAGUAUCGUCACUGAGGUCAUAUCAGAGUCCGGUGAUCAAGACGAACGGCUGCAUGACGCUGUACUGUCCGCAAAUAAAGGCGGAAUUGGGAAGGAGACAGUUUGAGAGUUGAAAUCAUCCCUUAACCUCCCUGGGCAUCCGGAACCCUACAGAAGCCCACAAUUUGAGACAAUAAAGUUCAGCAUCAGGUGAGCAGUAUCAGCAGCGUCUCAGUGGUUUUGUUAACCACAUGUUUUAUUUACCGAAAACGGGGUCGUGUCAUCUAACAAUGUGACCGUAGCACGUCGGCGUGAGAACUUGCGAAGGUGUGGUGCGAGGUCCAGACCUAGCGCUGCUUCUCCAGAUGACCGCCCUUGCCUUUACUUGCCGCAAAGUCCGACUCCUGACUUUACCCUACCUUGUUCUCAGUAAGUUAGACCUGUGGGUGUUUGUAAAACGAGCUCUCUUAGGUUCUGGCCUGCGUAAUUCCGGAGGCAACGGUAGCACACGAUUUAGCCCGUGAUCUCCGAUUGCUCGCUUGCAGUGAGUCGGGCUUUUGUCCGCAUGACUCCUGCGCAUGACCGACGGGUAUGCGAACACCUAACUGGCUUCACGCCUCAUAGGCGGACACGCGAAUGUCGCCAUGGUUAACAGUAGCCCAAUCCUUUCGGUUUUUGUACAUUAUACUCCAGAUUUUGACUGUUUAUCGGGAUACCCUGCGGUCGAUCUUACUAUAUGUCACUGAAAGUACUUCACCUGAUUAAAAACUGCUAUCACUGAACAGGAGCCAAAGUCCGCCUGAGUGACGCGGCGGGUAACUCCAUUGAUAUAAUUUGCGGUGUCCGUUAGGGCCGAGUUCUCUCACCAGUCUUCAGCACGUAAUGGCAGACAGAUCCGGUGCUAUAGUGGGUCGUGAUCCCUGCACUACAGAUCUUGAAUAUGCCACUUUCGAUGCGGUGUUGGCGGGUCGGUGUUAAUAAACGCAAUGUGUUGCGGUAGGCGCAAAGUCAAACUAAGUGGGCGUGCAAAUCAGCUUCUUAAAGGCAAGCAUGAUGACGUCUGGCUUUGCAGUAUGAGAGAUGGCAGACGGUGAGGCUAUCCAGCUACUAUUAUGUCGGAUCGAAUCCCCUGCUAGACAUGCAUGGUUAGAAUGGAGUCGGCUUAUGGCCAUCGCCCGAUUUUACUAAGACCCUGCAGUGGGCGUGCGAUUAUUUUGAAGACCAGGCCGCGGGUACGCGGCGGCCUCUGCCAGCAUAAUUUUUCCUUGCUGAUAUGUGACGUGACCCGUAUGCCUAGGAGAUAUCGCCAUCCGAGUUCGUCUCUCCGAUCACGUCUCCAAUGAACUUGUUGAGACUAAGCAAUGUGAGUAGGUGAUCUGUGUGCUACCGUCAUCGGGUCGGAUCCCAUGUUGAGGAGGGAAGACGGAAGAAACCAGAAUGAGGGGUUUAUCGUGCACAGAACCCGGAGUUGUCCUCUCAGGCGGCAGUGGCCACUGGCGAAGCCAGGGCUGGCGUUGACUGCGUCCAGUCAGGCCUGAGAGUCACUGAGAUAGUGGUUGCAGCCGCUUUUGUAGGCUAGUAGGCCAAGCUCAAGUGGUGGCCAGUCAACGUGUGUUGCAUUUGCCGAGGGGUGGUGUCCCAGUGGCUUGUUUUGCUGGUUGCAGGGGGUGGCGCGUUCAAGUGGCCGCAUGGGCAGUUGCGACUGCGCGGACGCUUGUAUGCCCGAACUGUUGGUUGUAUGACUUCAGGUCAGCUCGUCUGGGACGGCUCGCUGCAAGGGGUGAAUGACCUUGAGGCAGCGAGGUCUUGAACAAUGACGCCAGACCAGUCAGGAGGGCUAGUCGCCACAAGCUCUCGAUAAUAAACCGGACCGAUCAACUGUGUCCUCCCUACCCAUCGACUGAGAUGGUCCUACAUUAGACUGCGUCGAGAUCUGAAGAUCGGGCUGGAAGUCCUGGCAGGAAAGCAGGAAAUAUGGAUUAACUUGCACUUUAUACGUGGACCGUACGCCUAGGAGAUAUCGCCAUCCGAAUUCGUCUCCCCGACCGCGUCUCGAAGGAACUCUCGAUAAUAAACCGGACCGGUCAACUGUGUCCUCCCUACCCACCGAUGGAGAUAGUCCACCAUGAAUGAAAGCGAAAUUUCGAGUUCCAGGUGUAUGCAUAAGUGAAGAAGAAGAAGAAAAGGUUUCGAGCACCGGAACAUUUUGUUUGUUGUCCUCAGCUUUCAGACUCGUGCGGGAGUCUAUCUUGAGAGGUAGAAGCAGCAACAGAACAAGCGGCAGUUAUAGGGCAUUUGGGCCAAUCAUCGACCGACGGCGCAAGAAUAGAGGUGACUGCGCAGGGCUAUAUACGCCGGCGCCAGAUGAUAAAUCGAUUAACUGAGUUCUCAUCCGAGGCCCAGGCUUCAAUCAAUCCUCCAUAUGCUGCGUCGAGAUCUGAAGACGAGAUCGGGCUGCCAUGAUGUUGACGUGGCUCGAUGGCUUUUCGACUCGAUUUUUGGAUUUCCAAGCAGGAGUUUUCGCUGGCAGUUUCAAAGCGGCGAACACUCAAUAGUCGACCGGUUUGCCCGCAGAAAUAUGGGACAGGAGGGUCACUUCUGGCGUAUUCUUUGUCUGCAGCCAGACAGUCUAGGUAAACCUCGAAGUCCAAUCUGGCGGCUCCCUCUGAUUUUAGGAUCCACCUUUCUCAAAUGUAGCGCAUAAAGCUCCAUAACGUAAUUUGCGUCAAAGUGGAGGACGAGGCUGUGUAUACCACUCCAGCAUUUAUUUAAUCUCUGGCCCAGUUAUAGUAAUUCGGUUGAACAGUGAGCAGUUAUUGAUGAGGCACAUUGUUUCCAGCUCAUCAGUACUUCAGCUCUGCUGAGUUAUCCCACUCCGUCCGCGAGCGCGCUUAAGAAUUUCGGACAAUCUUUCAGUUAUCCACUGUAAUACCAGCUUUCCUAGUUGGGCCACAUCAUUUGCAGCUGCCGGCUCAAGUCCGUUUGUACGUUUGCUUUGCCAAAUGUUUGAUGAGCGCCAAAGCCGUCUUUGUCUACAUAAAGUAGCCAGAAUCUGAGUCGGGAAGCUUUCUGCCUCAGCUGAACUCAAGACACCACAUCUUCAGGUUGAUACUGCGGCGCCUUACAGGCGUCUGCAUCGCCCAUCGGACAUCCUCUAUCAUCUCCCACAAUCGGCCACUUGCGCGCUCUGCCGAAAUAAAUUUUUUUCUCUAAACCCUUCAUCCUAAUGCCCCCAAAGUCAAUUUAUAAAACCAUACCGUCUAGCUGCUUCGCCUUACUUGCUCCCUAAUCCCUCCCUGAGGACAGUGUAGUAAGCACUCUUCGUAUAUUUCGUGCCUGAGAUUUUCUUGGCGUUAUUGCACCUGAUUUAGAUAUCUCUAGCAGUGGUUUCGUUGACCUUAAAAUUCAUAUUGACCCAACUGUGAAAAACUCGGCCCUCGGUGGGAUUCGAACCCACGCAGUAAGGGGGAAGGCUUUAGUACAGCCAACGCUCUAACCACCUGAGCUACGAGGCCCCGCCGGACGACGCGAGUUAAAUCACAGUUGGGUCAAGUUACCCUCCCAACCUACUGCAACGUCUGGAAUCCACCAAAUCUGAUACAGUAAGUUGACUGCCCAAGCAGGAUUUCCCAAGUAAUUCACCCAGAAUCCACCAGAUGACUACUAGGCUCACGUAAUUCAUUGAUCUCCCUCACUGCGUGGGUUCGAAUCCCACCGAGGCGCCGUUUUUCACAGUUGGGCCAAUAUGAAUUAGUCAAAAUCUGCCAAAAAUAUCAAUGGACCUUAAAAUUGUAAACUUCGACAGGAAGUCCCGGAAGGAAAGCGGGUCUGUCUGUGUUGAGUCAGAGGUAUGGCACCCAUUACAAAUGCUGAGAGUCGACGUUCCAUUCACGUCUUGCGGGAGACGCUCGUUUGCGAAUUUCUAAUUUUCCACAGUCCUACCCGCCACGUCUAGCGCUCCGUUCUCGCGACGACACAUUUCAUCAGUGGGUUUGACCUGAAAGGCAGUCAGUAGAUCAUUUGUUGCAGCGCAUUCCUAUGGGCUUGCUGCCAGGCUUGCUUACGCACCGGCAUUGUUUGCUGAUUGGUUGAUCACCAGGGACCCUUAUGUGACUCACGCCUAUGGAGCAUUCUGUCGUCAGUGUUUGACGCCAGUCGCUUGCACACUCCACCACAGUAAAAUCUGCCCUCAUUUUCCUGCCUUGCGAUUUAGGAUCGCAGCCGCAACUGUUUAUCACUGUCGCUUGUCAAGUAAGUGGAUUUAUUUCAUGCUGCUACAGUGCGAUGGCUUUUGUGCCUUCAGCGACUAUUUUGAUUGCCUUGUCUUUUUUCAGGUCAGCGUGCGAUCGUCAGCUGUCGACCUAGGCUGUAGCGCUGAUUGGACGGUGAAAUGUGACCUUCAUCAAGCUACGACGCGUGACCACGCGGCUUGUGAUCGAGUUUACCGUACCGGGAACCAGUCGAGCAAGGAGAAGGCUUCGCCAACCCGUCGGUGA